AUGAACGCCCUCUUCCGAGAUUCAAACCACGGUGACGUCACGGAGACAGGAAGUGAGUCUUGCGCAGGCGCACGAAGCGCCACGGGAAACGUGGUAAUCGCUGGGACAGACCGAGAUUGUAAUGUCCUUGGAGAUAUUGUCUACACGCUCUCCAGGAUGGCGCUGGCAGCAGCGUGGCGGGUCUUUUCCAGAGCUGGGCUGGCACACAGAGCUGCCUCUGGCUGGCAAAUGACAUUUCAGAAAGGAGCUGUAGGUUGUAUUUGUCAUAAAUCUACAUACACGCCUCUUCCAGAUGACUACAAUUGCAAGGUGGAGCUCGCAUUGUCGGCAGACGGCCGAACGAUUGUCUGUUACCAUCCUUCUGUGGACGUUCCUUAUGAGCACACCAAACCUAUAAUUAGACCAGAUCCUGUGGAUAACCAAGUGGAAACAUAUGAUCAAUUGCUGAAAGCCAGAUUAAAAGCAGAUGGUAAAACUACUCAGCAAGGACCCAUGAUAGAGGAGCUCAAUAAACUAUUCUUCACUACCAAGCACACUGGUACCCUCGAGGACAGUAUCAUCAGCGACGCAGAAACCCCAAUCCUCCCAAAGAAAGAUGAUUUUGAGACACUGACAUAGUCAUCAUUUACUAUCAAAGGGAAAAUGUCAUCUUUUGUUUAUUUCACUGCUUGAAAUUGUCACUUCUUGAUGUAAUGUGGAGAAAUUUAAAUAAAAUUAAUUCUAGAUUUUU